AUGGAUGUGCCAAGCAUUAUUCUUAAGCUUCUAGCAGAUGGAAUUGUUUAUGGGGAAUAUUACGAGGCCUUGGGUGCACUGAAUGAGCUUCUUAGGCCUAUACAAUAUGAGGUGGUUAGGUGGCCUGAUGGAUCGUGUAUUGUGCUAAAAGACAACAGGAGUUUGUGCCAACCUGAUGCUAGGGCCAAAGAGAUUGAGGAAGUGUUCAGAAGAGUGGCAUGUGGGAUGCCUGUGUCUGGAGAUGUGGUUGAUGCACUCAUUCGAGAGCGAUGGAUUGAAAAUGUUGAUGGAAGCCUUCUGCUAAGUAAAAGAUCACUAGUACAGCACACGGACUUUAUCUUGGGAUUGGAAGGAGGGUAUGUGAUCUGUGAUGUCUGUGGAUUUCUAAGUGCCGGGGGAGAAGUCCAUGAAUUCUGUAAGUCACUUCUGGAAAAGGAAAGAGGCUUAAAUGGAGGGGAUUGA